AUGACAACCCCUAUUACGAAAGCGGCAACAACUUCAGCAUCAUCGGACGAGGAAGCGAGGAAACCAGGCGUGGCCUCGAACGCAGAAAUGCUUAACUUCCUCGAGCAAAACCAAGAUUUAUCGAAGAUUGUUAUCGUAGACGCUCGAAACCCGGAUUUUUCUGUCGAACCGUCCGAUGAACUCUACGGGAGUAUAAACGGGAAAUUCCCAAUCGCAGAUUGCGGCACCGAGAAACGGCCAAACGCAAUCAAUGUGCCAUUCGAUAGAACGAAGAAAGCCUUGAGCGGAUCGAACGUGGAUAUUUUGCAAACGUUCGAAAAGGACAGAGCGAUAAUCACGCACUGCGGAGGAGGUGGGAGAGGACAAAAAAGUAAAGAGUGGUUGGAGAAAGAAGGGUUUACGAACGUCGUGAACGGCGGCGGCCCGCAAGUGAGCGAGUUGUGGGAUAUGUUUGGCCAUUUGUGA